AAAUUCCAAACGCUCGCGAGUCGGUUACAGGCACCCCCUACUUGCCUACGCAUUAUGUUGGCCGUAUUACGAGUACCGUUUCAGUCGUGCGCCAGCGUUUAGACCAAGAUGAUAAAAUUCCUGACGGUCUGCGGCAUAUUUUUUUUCCAUUUAAACGGUCGUUGUCUGUGCGAUUUAAACGUAGUGUACCAGUGGAACAAACUGAAUUUGUCGCUCCAAGAAAACGACCGGGAACACCGGUACAUACCGGAAAACAAUCUCGUGUACAGAAUGAAAAUAUGGAACGACACGCUAUUCAUGGCCAUACCCAGGUUCAAACGGGGGGUGCCGGCGACGUUGUGCAGGAGUUACGGGGGCGCGAUACACCCGUACCCGUCGCUGGGCCUUCAGAAAGUCGGCAACUGUUUCGGGAUGCAGAACGUCAAGGACAUCGAAAUCGAUCAUUUGGGCCAUCUGUGGAUUCUGGACGUCGGCAACGUGUACGAUCUGGAACCGGUAAGCAACCGCAGUUGCGAUCCGAAAUUGUUCGUGGUGGAUUUAAACACCGGGUACAUAGUGAGAUCGGCGGUGUUGCCGCGCGGCAUGUACACGAACCGCAGUGUACUCAGCGGUCUUACGGUCGACUUGAAAUCACUCACCGCCGUCGUCGCCGACAUCGGUCCCGACCCCGGGUUUAUCGUUUAUAAUUUACAAAUAGGAAUUUUCCACAAAUUCCCGUGCGAACUAUUGGCCACGGCCAAAGGCUACAACGAGGCGCUCUUGACCGUAUCCCCGAUCGACAACAUGUUGUAUUUCACCACCAUAGAGCUGAACAGUUUGUUCGCGAUUCCGUUAAGCGUAUUCGGCGUGCCGUUCAUCAAAGACGUAGGCCACUACGUGAACAACCAAGGGCUUAAAGCGGACACGUCGACCGCCAUGAUCAUGGACACGACUGGUAAUUUGUAUUUGGGCAUGACCCGGAAAGUGAUUGCUUGGAACACGCUGAAACACGGUUUCGACGUCAAGGAGCUGUACAUACAAGAAGUGAGACUCGACUGGAUUUCGAGUUUUGCGUUCGAUUCAAACGGAUAUCUGUGGAUAAUUUCGUCGGAAUUCAAAGAUUUCCGAGAAUCGAAAUCAAAAAGAACGAACAUGUUGAUAUUCAAGAGGUACUGCGGUACGACGUCGUUCGCCCUUCACGAAGUCGCUGCUGCGGGUUCUGUAAACCAUACGGGCACUACUGCGGUACAGCGCAAUUCGGUCAACGCGAAAUAUACUGCUGAAAAUCUUAUUCAUAUUUUUACUUUGGUUAUAUUGCACGUUAUAUUUGCACGCGAUAUUUUAUAAGUAUACAGCGGACGAUGCUAAAUAAAAAUCAAAGACAUUUCGGUUCGUUUUUGUCGGGUAGGUUACCUACACCUUUAAUAAUCCAAUAUUGUAAUAAACGUGCCUAUUAUUAUUUUUUUGUUACGAUAAAACGAAAUAAAACGAAUUCUCCGUAGAAUAAUAUUUAUAAGAUACAAGUAAUGUUAAUAGUUACCUACGUGUUUUAUGUACUAAGCGAAUACAGUGAUAAUUUAGAAAAUCGUCGUCAGUCGGACUCGAUACUAUCAUAAAGUUAUUACUCUAUUGAGUACCGAUUACUCUUUUAAAUUUGAAAACGUUAUGUGUCCGUUAAUUUAGUUAAUAUGUCGGUAUAGGUAGUAAAAAUUUCUGUAGGUGCCCAACUAAUUUACCGAACAAAGAACAAUCAGUUGGGUACCCAUACCUAAUUUAACCGUCAAUUUAGUACAAAUAUAUUAUUGCAUAUUAUGUCUAACAGUCAAUUUUUUUGUUAUACCUAUUAUUAAAAAGGUACGUUUUGUACAUUAGUGGUUUUAUAUUUAUGGCUGAAACUAUUCUUAUGUGUCUACGCUUCGAACCGAAAACACAUUUAAAAGUUUUAAAAAAAAAACAGAGGCAAUAAUAACGUUCGACCAUUGCAAACAACAAUAACAACGUACCUACAUACCCACUUACAUAAUAAAUAUAAAUUGUGAUAUGUGUAUAAUAUUAUUACCAAUAUCUUUGAAAAUACCUUAAUAAUUAGGUAUUACUUAAAAAAUAACCUAACCAGUCGCGCCGAACCUAUACAGAAUGAUUUACUCAACCGGAACCACUCGUUGUCACGAAAAGUAUUAA